AUGUUGUUAUUUGAUGAAUUUUUCGAUGAAUUACCACGCGCUUUACCGUUUUUAAUACGCCCCAAUAAUGCUUUUAAUUCAAUUCCGUUAAACGUUUCAAGUACUUCAACACACUAUAUAAUUCGAACGGAAUUACCCGGUAUUCCGCUAGAUAAAAUAUCGGUUGAAAUUACUGAUGAUGGAGUACUUUCCAUUCAGGCCGAACGUCCUUUAAUCGAUGAAAAAGAUAAAGAUAAAAAAAAUGAAGGAAGGGAGAACACGAUAAUAAGAGAAAGUUGGGACGUUCGAGGAAAAUUACAUCGUAGUUUGAAAUUUCAAAAUGAUAGUAUUGAUACUGAAGGCAUUAAAGCCGAAUUAAAUAAUGGCGAGUUAAUUGUUAAAGUACCCAAGAAAUCUCCAGAUGAAGGAAAAGAAAAGAAAAAGAAUGUAAAAAUCAUUAAAGGAAAAUUGUAA